UCGAUUUUACUUUCUAUUACUACUAACAACCACGCUUUGGGCUUUCGCUUCGCUUCAUACAACUACAACACCAUCCCUCACCACAUGGCUACUGCUACCAAAAUCCAUCUGUCGGCGCCGACGGACACAGGCGUCUACAGCUCCGGUGUUAGGGAGGAUGCCGCCCGCGCGGCGAGCGAGGUCUUGCAGGAGGAUAUGGCGGCGCAUCAUGUCUUUUUCAAUGACGAGGGAUUCCACAACCACAUCGUCCAUCAAAUCCUCAGCAUCUAUGCGCUCGGUGCGGGCCCCGCAGAGAUCAAAGCGGCCUACAAGCGCAAUGCGAGCUACCAGAGACCGGUGCUCCCAACGGAUGCCAAUCUCGUCCAGGCCAUGCGUGACACGGCUACGUUUAUGCAGUGCUUCGGAAAGGAAGAGAACUAUCCUAAUUUCCUUGCUUUCUUCCAGCAGGAGAUAGAUGCUAAGGGUGUUGGCGAUGUGUUGAAGGAAUAUGUUUUCAAGGGAGAUGAAAGAGCUGAGAGCAUGUUGUCGCGGCUGUAUGCUGGCCUCAUCCACCCGCUAAUCCACCUGGGAUUCGGGCUCGAGUUCAACCAGCCGGCUAUCGUGGCCCAGGCUCUUUCACAAGCAGCGGUCCACGAUGACUGGAUCGGGCGUGCAUUUUUCCUGCCUGCCGAGAAGGUCGCGAACAGCACUGCCACACCUGGACAGAAGUCUCUGCUCGAAAUCCUGGGUGAAAUCCGUGAAGACAAGGCACUGACGGAGAGUGUGCAGUGGGGGGACGCGAAUAAGAUCCGAGAUGGGGUUUUGGCGCGCGCUCCGGAGCAGAUGUUGAACUAUGCUGCCCAGUACCGCGUGGCCGGAGAUCGGAUGAAUGAGGCCUUAGCGGACAUGAUCAACACGGUUGGUGAGUAUUACCUAUUCGUUGUUGUGAAGCCAAUGGACUCUGACCGUGACCAACAAGUCUACUAUACCAGCACCGCGCAGCGGCCAACCAAAGAAAUCCGAAUCGACUUCUUCUACAUCCACUGCGUGAACUCUACGAUUUUCUUCUCGAAGAUCAUCGACCUGCCCUUCUUGGACCAAGCGGCCAAAGUCCGCAUGCUGGAGUGGAAAGGCCGACUGGAUCUCUUGGUGUAUGUGUCUCGUGGCGCGCCGGACCUUCUUCGGAACGAGGUCACCAAUUACCCGGCGAAAGACGAUUGGGGCACCGUCUUUUCGCGCAGCAUCGCUCAUCCCAGUGAUGAUGGGCAUCUUGCCAAACUGGCGCGAGCGGUGGCUCAUGGCCAGAGGGUCUGCCAGCCGUUUGAGAGUCCGCAGAAGAUGCCGAUCUCUGGAGAUAUGUGGCUCAAGAUUGGAAAUAUGGCCGUCGACUCCACUAUUGCAGAGGGUGAGCGGUCGAUGUGGAUCCGCUCCACUGGAUUCGACGAAGCGUGGGCGCGAUUCAAGGGACGCGCCAACAACUUGUGA